AUGGCAGGUUUAGUCUCCUCUGUGGGUUUGGUGCUGAUGCUCAAGGCUCUUAUGCAUGUCCAUGGCCAGCGUGCAGUGUUUCUGGGGAUGACGGUGUUGAUAACACUGAUCGCAGCUGACUCACCUGCUUCAGAUGAGUCUCCGUUGGACUUCACAUACAACCCCAUGGGAAUUCUUGGAGAUGUUCCAAGUUCAACAGAGUCAUCACCAUCCGGUUUACCAUCCUCACAGUACACUGCCUUUGACAGCCCAGACUCACCUGGUGCCCUGCCAUCCAUUACUGAACCUAACCAUGAAACCAGGACUGCUGACAUGAUGCUUUUUCAGUGGGGACGUGUUCCUUCCGAAAACUCCAAAUCCCUCACACCAAGUGACUCACACCAAGAGCCACAUCCUCUUUCCACUCCAUCGUUAAGCCCCUCUGAACCUGUAUUGGGAUCUGGUCCACAACUUGAGGCACCAGCUAAACUCUUCACAGACUGGAAGCAGGCCAGAAUAAAUUCUGCCCAGCAAUCUCCCUCUCUCUCUCCAUCUCCAAUAAGAGAGUCAAAUAUAUCCCAAACACCAUCAAGCCCCUCAACAACACCUCAGCUCCAUCUUAAUUCUGAGCAGAAAGCUCUUGAUGCAUCUCUCACGGCUUUCAGCAAGCAACAGAAAGAGCAAACACUGGCAACCACGACCUCACAACCUGGUCAGCCUCUUGAUCCCCCUAAUCUGGCUUUCACUGACUCUCCAGCCGAUGAAUCUGACAGUAAAAUCUUGGAUGUGAACCAGCUGAGCCCCAGCAGUGCCCCCUUGCAGGGGAACAAACCAGUACAUGGCAUGAUCUCAUCAGAUGAGGUCCUGGGCCCUGGCUACAAUGUGCCUUUCAUCGCCCCCCACCCUGCAUCACCUUCGUCUGAACCCACCGAGGUCUCUCCAGAGGACUUCUACCCCACCAACACCAUGGAAUUGGACUGGGGGUCCGGGGACUACUUGGAGACAAUGUCAUUCUUAAAUUCAGAUGGAGACGACUACUCUUUGGUCACCAAGGUGCCCUCUGACUCUUAUGAUCCAGAGGACUAUACAGAAAGCUAUGACACAUCUUUCCCUUCCAGAGUGGGCAUAUCUCCUUCAUCCAUGCAUCCUCUUCACAUCUCACCUUCUCCCAGCCUCAUGACAGUGUACAGCACCAUCAUCCCACUAAAAUCCAUCCACCCUUCGUCUUUUUCCUCCACCAUUCAGUAUACACUGGAGCCGACCCCCACAGCUAACAGUGAUAUACCUGACCCAUCAGACAUAGAUUGGCCCGAUGCUUUCACAAUCCAGCCAACAGACGUCCUCUUACCUGACAUGAACAGCUUAGAGUAUUACACCAUUCAGUUGACCAAGGAGAACAACAGUUCAGACAGUAGAGCUGAACAAAGAGGGAACAUUACCAUGGUGCCUGUUGCUACCACAGACAUCACACCCACCAGCGGCUUCGCCAAUGAUACCAGAUUGACAGAGGAAGAGUCCUCCAGUGAUCUAUCAGGGUUCGAGCCCCAUGACGAAUCAACCACAGUUGAAACCACAGAGGAGAGUCCUCAGCUGGUCAAUGUCUCAGAACCUUUUCUGGAUCCUUCAAUAGUCCCAAGCCACUUCUUUGAUCCCGCUUCCUCCAUCUGGGGAGGGAGGGUAUCCACCACAGACUGGUCCGCACCUACUCUAACUGUUGGCCUGGACAGCACUGCUUUAACAGAAGCUAUAUUACCCCAUGCCACACCUGCGCUGCCAGAUGAUGUAAUGUCUUCCUCCUCUAUGACGGAUGUCCAGUGGUUUGUUACAGAGUCAUUCCUCCAAAGUACCAUACACACCACACCUGUCUUAACUGCGAGCAUAGCCUUCUCUCCUGUUCCCACUGAACCUGUUGCCAACACGACUGCUGGUGCAACAGAAUUAACUCCCCAAGACUCUACUUUCACAACUGAACAAACUCAUAAUAAUACUUUAGUUUCAAUGGAACCAACAUCUAAUGUCACUUCGGGCCCCCCAGUCAUUUUAGGUGAUCAGGGGGUGACUGAAGAUGAAGUUGACAUCCCAGCCACAGUGACCUUGAUCCCAACUAGCAGGGAGGCUAAUACAGCCUCUGCUUUACCCUCGACUACAACUGCCACCACUACUUCUCUUCAAGCCACAACUAGAAUUACUGCCACCACUGAAGCCUCAACUAGUGUCAACAUCAUCUCCACCACCAGUGGAAAGACCAUGACUACAGCACCAACAAGACAGUACCUCUGCAACCUUGACAAGCCUGCUUAUUUAGUAAAAAUUGGUUUUCCCUCUGGCGCGACUGUUGGAUAUGCCAAGUCUCAAAUCAGAGACAUACUGAAAGUAGAAUUCAACAAGUCAGUGGAGCUGCAGGUUGUGGACCCCCCACCAAAGUUUGUGUUUCGUGUGGUGUCUGGCCAAGUUGUGUACACAUCAAUAUCUGUCAUCAACACUCUACGAAGGUCUGGCCGCCGUUUCCUGUCUGUGUCCCCCAACUGGACAACACCCGACAGUAAAUACCAAGUCCACACAGUGCUGCAGUUUGUUCCCAGUCAUAUAGAUGUGCGUUUCUGCAACUUCAGUGAGAGCAUUGAGAAAGGUCUGACCAUGGCCUUUGCAGAAGUGCGUCGCCGCUCAAAGGAGUCAACCAACUUCACAGUGCAUAUUGUAAACAUCACCAUGGCUGCUCCAAAAUAUCAGGAGCAACGAUUAACGAGACAGCCAGUGGAUAUCACCUUCACUGUGAGUGGUUCUAGGGGUUAUCUGAUGGGGUCAGAGGUCAGCAAUGCUCUGAUGAAGCUCACCAUGGUAGAAUUCAGCUAUUACAUGGGCUUUCCUGUACUACAGAUUGCUGAACCUUUCCAUUAUCCAGAGUUGAACACCAGCCAAUUGCUUCGCUCCUCCUGGGUUAGAACAGUGCUCCUGGGUGUGCUUGACCAGAAAGUGGGAGAAAGAACCUUCCAAGCCAGCAUGGAGCGUCGGGUGGCCAUGUUACUAGGGGAGGCGAUGGGACUAGUCAGACGUGUUAAGAGAGCCACCACCAUAGGCAACAGCAGUGUUCAGGUUGUAAGCGCGAGCCGGCUGGUGGGUGUGGACCACCCCUUGGAGAUAGUGUAUUUUGUGGAGGGUCCCAGUGGUCAGAGGGUGCCUGCAGUCCAGACAGCCAACCUUCUCAACAGCCUGGACGUUCAAAGGGCUGCCAUCAUCUUGGGAUAUCGUGUCCAGGGUAUUUUAGCACAGCCUAUAGAGAAAGUGACUUCUUCACCCUCUGACGCUGAGAACACCAACAUGUGGAUCGUCAUCGGGGUGGUGAUUCCCCUCCUCGUCGUCAUCGUCAUCAUUUCAAUCCUGUACUGGAAACUGUGUCGGACGGACAAGCUGGAAUUCCAGCCAGACGCCAUGACCUCCAUCCAGCAGAGGCAGAAGUUGCAGGCCCCCAGUGUGAAAGGCUUCGACUUUGCCAAGCUGCACCUCGGCCAGCAGAGCAAGGAUGAUGUCAUGGUGAUUCAGGAGGCUGUCCCGCCAGGGCCUGGCCCCGGGCCCCUCCCCGUGUCCAUUAAAGAUGGCCUCAGUCCAUCGGAGAACGGGGAGAUCCCCACACCCAAAUCCAAAACCUCAGCCUCCUCCACCAAAGCAUCCCGCAGUGGCCGAAGGCGAGGAAGGAUCUCGCCGUCAGACGGUGACUCUGUGGUAAGUGACCAUUCCAGCGAGCGGGAAUCGACUGAGGAGAACCUGAGAGGCCAUACCACGCCCAGCGACAGCAAGCAGACCCGUAAGGUCCCCAUCAAUGUUUUAAAUGGCAAGAAUAGAAUUGGUCCUCCACCCAUGAACGGCACGAGCGAGCAGCUGUCAUCAGCCUCCAUCUUUGAACACGUCGAUCGGAUGUCUCGUGCCACCGACGCGAGCAGGAGACUCCCCAACAAAGUCCAGCUUAUUGCCAUGCAGCCCAUGCCGGUUCCUCCGCUGCACAGUCCACCCACCAAUGGCAAAAUGUCAGACACCAACCAAAUUAACAAAGAGAUCCAAGUAGCAUUGAGGCACAAGUCAGAAAUUGAGCACCAUCGUAACAAGAUACGUCUACGAGCCAAGAGGAAGGGCCACUACGACUUCCCCGCAAUGGAUGACGUGACCAGUGGCCUCGGCGACAUGAAGGACCAGGAUCGCAUCUACCAGAAAGCACAACUACAGAUAGACAAGAUCCUGGAUCCCGAUGCUCAGAUGCCCUCCAUCUUCAUGGAAUCCAAGAAAAGUGGUCGAGGGAGGCGCUCUCCCAAACAGAGGAUGAAGGAGCAGCUGAACGGAGGCAUAAUGGAUGCCGACAAAGACCACCUCAUCACUGAGGACAGUGAUGCUGCUUACAGAAAGUGUCCUGGGGUCAACAAUGUGGCCUAUGUAUCGGAUCCCGACCAAGGCCCAGGAUCCCCUCACAGGAGCCCCUCCCCCAUUGACGAUGUGUUCCUGGGUCCCACUUCCUCUCCUCCAGGUCACGCCCCUCCCCCACCCCCCUAUAUGCCCCCUCAGCCCUCCAUUGAGGAGGCGCGGCAGCAGAUGCACUCCCUGCUGGACGAUGCCUUUGCCCUUGUGUCGCCCACCUCUCAGGGCAGCACAGCGGGGAUCACUCUUCCAGGGGUCAACAACCACGCCCCUGGCUCCAGCCCUCCAGGUCGGGGCCCCAGACCUUGGGGUCCCUCCUACCAAGCUCUUGGCCCUUUCCCUGGUAGGUUCACUGAGUUGGGCAUGUCCCCUCCUUCAGUCCAAGGCCUGACACCAAGGCAAGGCCUUGGCUCCAGUUACCUGCCACCAGGAGAAACAGCAGGGCACGGUGAGCAGCUCCAGCCAGACAGCCUGUACUCCAGCAGGGGCUUAUUCGCUGAUGAGCUCCCCUCAUCUGCCAGACCUCGACCAGUAGGGGGAACAACAGGCGCCCAGCUCCAUCAUCUUACACAGGUGGGAUUGUCCAGCCGGAUGAAUGGUUACCCUGCAGGGGCCAGGGCUGCUCCAGGCCAGAACGGAGGCAUUGGCUGGAACCACUACCAUGAUGACAACUUCUCCAGGGCAGAGCCUGAGAAAGAUGCAUUCCCGGACUGUCCUGACUACUCAUCCUCCUCUAUCUUCCAGAUGCCUAGAGGUGGUAUCAGGGAGCCUUCGGCGCCCCCCACCCACCUAGAUCCCCCCGUGAUGGGCUAUCUGUCAGCCCCACCGCCCCUGGAUACGUCUCCUCCUACCCACUCCUCUGCCUCCCUGAUCAAGGCCAUCAGGGAGGAGCUGUUGCGUCUCUCCCAGAAACAGGCAGCUAUGCCCAGCUACCACAGCUGAAGCCCUGGCCUCCAGUCUGUAGCUCUAACCAGUCAUGCCACUGACCCUGCCUGCCUGCUUCGCCUAAUCUGACAAUGCUUCCCAUGGAAGUCCCCUGAGGGUGUACAGCAGAGAGAUAGUCCUGCUAAACUGAAGUGAAGAGGUGGCUCUUUGAGAUGUCUAAGCGAAGAGGUCAUCCUCUGCCUGAAAUACUGAAUGACAGGAUGGUUGAUACAGAAUUGGAUCAGCUGCAUUAUGUCAAAUAAGAGACAGUAUUAUGAAAUGAAGAACGAUAUGAACAGUAUAUGCUGGACCUGUAGGAUGAAAAGAAAGGACAUGUGUGGACUUGUCCUGCCUGUGUUUCUGUCCUGCACCUUCAUUGUGGAUCAGGGAAUGAUCACGCCAAGUACUGGGCCACUGUGGAUCCACAUGUUGGACUUUUUUGAGAUUUUGCUGCAUCUCUUCAGACUCAGUGUUCUUUGUCACGGUUUCAUUCUCAUGCUGCCUUCACUUAGACGGAUAUAUCCCACAUGACAUGUAAUUUCAAAAAAUCGUCUUUUUUUUGCGUUACUUAACCUACCAUACAGGUAUUUGUUGUUUUUCCAACAGGAAAGGCCCUUAACCUCUUUAUAACCAUCAGGUGCUACUUCAUGUUUUCUGCCAUGAUGAGCCAUGCUAUGCCUUGACACUGUGAUGUAGUUCACCUGACCCGGUCUACUGUACGAGCCUACAGUAAGGUCAAAGUUCACAGCCAGCG